AUGACCAUAUUACCCCUUAUCCCAAAGUCUCGUUCCUCACCCGUGACUCGUUCCUCCGCCUCACCGACCGCCCCAAACCUCUCUGCCCCGCCCCCGCCCCGAAACCCUGCCCCCCGCCGCCGGCCACCAGUUCGCCGGCCACCGCCGCCGGCAGCAGAUCUCCGGCCACCCCACGCGCCGGGCCGCAGCCGCCGGGGCGCAGGGGCGAGCGGCCACCCGCGCGGGGCGCAGGGCCUGCUCGGCCACCCAUGCGCCAGGCCACAGGGGUUGCGCGGCCACCCGAGCGGCGCUGGUCAGGGGCCGGCGCGGCCUCCCAAGCCCCAGGCCAAAGCACAAGAAGCUGAGCGUGCCAAGUUCAUUGUUGAGAAGGUUGAGAAAGACAAGCGAAGUGCGAUCAUCAGGGCUCAGGGUGAGGCUAAGAGUGCAGAGCUGAUUGGUCAAGCCAUUGCCAAGUACCCUGCUUUCCUCGCUCUGAGACAGAUUGAAGCUGCAAGGGAGAUCUCUCACACCAUGGCGAGCUCAAACAACAGGGUGUUCCUUGAUUCCAAUGACCUUUUGCUUGGACUCCAGCAUCUGAAUGUUAGCGGCAACCAAAAGAAGUGAAGUGAUCAUCCAGUCCCAAGUCACUGUGGAAGAGUUUAAGAGGAAGUAUUUUUUAUAUAGUUUUGGUCGAUGGUUUAUCUGAUCCAGAACCAGAAUGCGCUUGCGGAUGAACAAAGUCGCCCCUUGUUACUGCAACUUUUGGAUGUAUCUACAUUUUUCUGUGCAAAUCACUGGUUCACUGGGGGAAAUUUAGUGCGGAAUGAUUUUGUUUCUGGAAUAUGAUCCGUUAGUCUGUUUGGUUAUGGGGGUUUUGCGUUCAGCGCAAUUGCGUAUUACCAUAUGUUUCUUUGUGUAAGCCACAUAUGACGUGGAUAUGAAUCAAUGAGCUGGCUGCUGAUGUCAAGCUCGUCACAAUCAAUGAGCUGGCUAUUUUUAUUUAUUUAUUUA